AUGCUGGAAGUUUAUACGAAGGAGUUUCACAACCCCACAUAUUAUGCUGAAACUUUCAGGCCUGCUGACCCGUCAGUUACAAUUUACACGACAACAUUGAAACGGAAGCCAUUGAAGAACAACUUGAAGCUGAAGGCUGUAGCUCUCUUUCUCAAGUGGAGAAAUCUAGAACAAGUCAAGAUUCGAGCUCCAAAUUUGACGGAAUUCAAUUCUAUGGAUCAUUCCUAUUCAAAAGGAUUGAUAUUAGUAAUCUUUUCCCAUAAGACUAAAAGCAUCCUUAUUUACGAAGAUCCAGGAGAAAUUGUUAUUCCUCCAAGUGAUGAUGACAAGAUAUUCAUGGUGCCUAUGCUGCGUCUUGAAACAAUCAUAGAUAAUUUAUUGUCCGAGCGUCCCAAUAUCAUGUCCAUACUUCCAUGUACAAGUAGCAUAUUACUGCAGCAUGAAUUAAAAGAAGUCAGCAAUGUUAUAGACUCUGCUGAGGAUGAAAUGGCCACCCUUUGGUAUUCUUGGUUGAAAUCUGUAUCUUUGAUUGACCAAGUGACUAAUUUCAUGUUCAAAUGGAAAUAACAAGCUUAGCUCAGAGAGUCGAGGCGAAUCCAGCAUUUAGAGUUUUAUCACUUUUAUGUUUCAGACCUGGUAGAGAAAUUGCCCACAGUAGGAUAGCUGCAGCAUGACUCGUUUCAAUCCGAUAUUGAAAACUCGAGGGGAUGAAUUUGGGUCUUUUUAAAUUAUUGACUUAAAUUGAUUCUGUUUAUUUAAACUGAUUCAGUUGAUUUUAGGAGAUCUUCCUCCCUUGA